ACACACACACGCACUGACAAAGCUGACUGGCUGUGGAAAACUCCCUAGGCCGCCUCGCUCUCGGUCGUAUGGCACCGAGAAAAGGGACCAAACUGAUAGCGGCGGGGCCUCGAUAAACGCCGCAGCAAGGGUCUUCCGUCAAGAGCCGGAAGUUGUUGGCUCGCAGCUAGUUGCCCGGUUGGUGGAUCCGAUAAUGCGAAGAGAGUCUUCGGGACCUGCGAUCAGAUUGCGCAAUACUAGGGGGUGGCAAGAGAUUUUGUUUGUUGGUGGGAUGUGUUGGAGGAGGGAGAAGAAGGAGGAAGAGAAGAGAAGAGAAGAAGAAGAACGAGAGAUGAAGAAGAAGUGGAAACUAAGAGAGUAGGCAGAUUGGAAGAGGAGAAGACCAGGGAAGAGGCUUUGGAGCCAAGCCUCGGGAAAAUCACAGGGCUCUACAGUUCGUGCAGCUAAGAUGUACAAGCAUGUACGAUAUCGGGGACGAAAGCCCAAGGGAGGUGUGGAACUGUGGUCGACAUGACAGGAACUCAGCCCGUGGGUAUUUCAUCGUCCGCAUCCGCAUCCGUAUCAAUCAAACGCUCGGCUACAGGUACCAGCGGCCAAGUAUUACUCCUACGGGAAUAAAGGCUGCUUGGGGCUCCAAGAGGCGGGCGCCCGAUAGAGUAUCAAUCGAAAUGCCGUGGCUUGGUGGAACGAGCCCGGCGGAAGCGUGCAGGUCGAACCGAUCUCGUCACUUUGUUGUUCGUUCUCUGCCGCCCAAAUCACAAUCAUCGUGCUCCAACGGGGUUUUUCACGUAGCAUCGGAGCGCACAUGCUCGUACGUGCAGCGGCAACAGGCGGCAACAGGCCACAAUCAAGGUCAUGAUGACGGGCGAAUGCCGAGUGCCGGGGAGACUCGCAUGGGCUUUGACACAUGCCAGCCCGAGCGAAGGUUUAGAGAAAAUGGAAGCCCGAAUGGAAGCCCGAAAACGGAGCAGAUGCGCCGCCAAACCGGACGGGAAGCAUAAAGGCUUUUUCCUGGCCAUGAGUCGUGGCGCUUAAGGGGAAAGAAAAAUUUGUAAAAAAGCCACCGUCAAGAUGACGCCAGGGCUUGCAAACGGAAUGGCGUUUUGCGAAUUCCAUUUUUUCUAAACUAUGACAUUGACA